AUGACCAAUGAUUCUCCCGCUACUCAGCGGACAAGUCACUCGGAGCAUAAUGAUAGCUACCCAAUUGGUCAUGUCUUUUUACCAGGGCUACAAACAGAUGCUCGGGCGCAGGAGCGGCUCAUUGCCGAAAGAAUGCCUGAGGUACCGAAUCUACCUGAUCCAGACCUACAACAAACAUUCGCAGAAACAUAUUGGGAGUACUGUUACACGUGGUGCCCAGUCCUAGACCGAGAGACCCUCUCAGAAGAGCUUGCACGAUCUCCACUACUCGUUAAUGCCCUGGCAGUGGUUGGUAGUCAUAUUAAACCGCCCAUGAUUCCACAUGAUGGUCCUGCUGGCUAUUACGAGCGAGCUCGCACCAGAUUCUACAACGACGAAGAGGCAGAUGUUAUGACGUCGUUGAAAGCUAUUUCAUUAUUCUACUGGUGGAGUCCACGGCCACCAACUAUCCUCCAUCGCCAUUCUUCUUGGUGGUGGACUUCGGUAGUCAUCCGACAUUGCCAACAAUUAGGUGUACACCGGGAACCAGCACAAAACCAUCCACUACGUCAGCAGAUUAACCUCAGUCUCCGACGUCGAAUAUGGUGGACGGCAUUUGCACGUGAGCGACUAACUGCUUUGUGUCAGAGCAAACCAUGUGUGAUUGAUCCACAAGACUGCACCCUUUCAGAACCCACGUUAGAAGAUUUCCCCCAAGACACGGAUAAAACCAAAGCUGAAGUCUUCAUCUACUGGGUCCGUCUAUGUGGUAUCAUAGGCAAAAUUGCAAAAUUCCUCGCUCGUUCCAGUGACGCUGGAUCUUCCGCAUUCCCAGCAUCUCUAGCCCGCGAGCUCAUCGGCUGGGUCCAGUCCCUCCCUCCCCAUCUCCAGCUCCCAAUUGGAUCAGACCGCACAACCCAAUUCAAUAGAGAUGUGCAUCAACUACAUAUCCCGUAUCUGGCCGUCAUUAUCAUCAUUCAUCUCCAGCGAUCCUCCCCCUCCCAACCUCUCCCACAAGCAUACCCACCAGCAAUACUCGCCGCGACCUGCAUGGCCCGCAUUAUGAAAGAUAUUUUAUCUCGCGGGGGAACCAGGUUUCUCAUGGCCAUAACAGGGUGGUAUUGCGGCACCGCAUUUAUUGCACUACUACAAGCUCUUCGAAUUGAAGGACUGGCCAAGAGCGCCAAUGAAGAUCUAGAUAUUUUAACUCUAGCUGUGGACCAGCUGCGCAUUAUGUGGCCCACCGCUGCAGUAUUCCACUCGGGAUUUGGUCGUCUCCGGUCCAACGCUACCGCGCCGGACUUUGACUCGCAACGGGCGCCCGGUCCGGAACUCGGGAUGGGUGAUGGAACGGUGUAUAUGGAAAUGGCAGACGGGAUUGAUUGGACUGCGUACUUUCCGUUCGCAACUACUGAAACUAGUGGCAUUGCGGGUAGACUGUUAGUUCCACAUACCGAGGAGCUUUUCUUUGAUGAUGAUGCCUUUGCAGAUGCUAUGCUGCAGUUUCAGGAUUUAUUUGAGCCUUGCGAUACCCUUGAGAUGAAUCUUUUUAUGUAA